AUGGACACAUCACAGGCUCUCCGUCGCUGCGGCGACAGGAUAGAAUGCUGGGACGACGACCCCGACUUUGCCGACUUAGACCUGAAGCUGACGCGCACUCUAUCUACUUCCCCGAAAAGUAAAAGCAACAUGCGAUCGAAUAUCGAUAACCAUAAUCGCGACCGUCGUGAAUCCAUCUCAUCGCGUAUGUCGAUACAAUCUAGCAUUUGUGAUUUCGACUCACCUGAUGGUUGGGACCACGAGCGCCAAGUUCUUUUGGAUGAUUCACCAGCUACAGCUAUCGCUUCUGCUAUCAAUGCCGGAAUUCCUAUACCAGAAAAUGUUCCAUCGUCGGCAUUGAUCGGAGGUACAAUAAAAAGGCUAGGAACAACGAGAAAAUCUAAACGAAUUGCGUCGCAUGACGACUGGGGUGAGGAUUUGGAAUUGCCCAUGUCGGGAAUGGCUUUGAAGAUCCGGGGACAGGAACGUAACGAAUUUCCAGAUACACUACAGCAGAUCCUUGCAGGAUCCCGGUCAAGGGGAAAUUCACCAGCGAGAGGAAGUUUGAUGCCAGUCAUCAACGCAUCGUCACAGUUAAACAAGUUUCGUGAGCUAUCAGAAGAUGAGGACUUCUUCGCUGAUAGUGACGAUCUCCCGAUGUUAAAGCUUUCACCUGGCAGGCACACAUUACGGCCCCAAAGAUCAACCGCAUCUCUCCUAAUGACACCACCUCUAUCAGAAUCCGCUACAAGAGGGUCACCUUCUGUCGAUGAAGAUUUCGAAAACGAUUUUGAAUUUCCUGCGGAUGCCCCUUUACAAUUGAAUAUCAAACUUGGGGAAACCAUUCGUGGUCCGGUGGUACAUGGUGUGGAUAAUGAUUUUGAAGAUUGGGCAGAGGGAAGCAGUUUAGGGUCGCGGUUUGGGGUUACUCUUAGGGAUCGUGGGAUAGGUGGGAUGGGCACUAGGGGUAUGUCAAUUGUUUCUGCCAGUGUUUCCAGCAUUACAGCCGAAAGCGAAGACGAGGCACCAUUGGAUGGAUUGGAACUACCUCUAGGACCCUUGCCCGAUUUUCACGAAAUUCUCGAGAAGCGUAAACGAGCGACCUUUUCCGAGGAUACGGAAAUGAUUGACGCCCCUGCCCCGAGACCAAAACAAUCAAAAGAGGACUUCCUUGAAGGCAUUGAGAUCGGGGACGGAGAAGUAUUUGAUACAAGAAAACUGACCCUAAAUCGAAACGUCAAACACAAGCAGCCAACCAGGAAAACGAGCCCAGUAAGAAGGUCAGCCAUGAGCUUGACAUUCACGACGAAUAAGCCACCGCCUACGACUUCUUUAUCUGGGGUGACUGGAAACCGAUUACGCCACGGACAUCCCACUCUAGCACCCCCAAUACCGAGCCUAGAACCUGUGGUGGAGAGAGAGCGGGAAAACCAGAAUCCAUUGGCGAACAAAAGGCUAGAACCUAGAAAUAGAUGGUCCAAUAAUAGUGGUAAUCUCGAUAGAUGGUCAGCCAAAUCUGAAGGUGUUCCAGCAAACAUUCCGCCACCGCCGCCUGUUCCACAUACCAGAUUUCAUGAAAGACAAAGGUCAAUGGGUGGUAAAGGAUCGUUGAGGGCAUUGAAGGAAAAGAAUCAACAGGAUAAUGCGCCGACAACAACAAAUGCCCCGACAACAACAAAUGCCCAGCUAUUGAGAAUGAAGCGGUCUAUGCCUAACAUCGGCGGAAGGGCUACCCCCGGCUCUCCGAAAAAUAACACAGUCAGAUCACCGAGUAGGAAUAGUGGUGGCAGACCAGCGAGUAGGAAUAGUGUAGGACGUCCACCAAGCAGUACCGGAGGUCGGCCACCAUCAAGCGCAGGGGGGCGGUCUACUGCCACUGGAAGGAACGAUGUUGGAAGAUCGAAGACGCCUGGUGAAAGGAAACCUGCUCCUUUCUUGCCUGCCGGAAGCACCGUGCGGCAAAGCCAUCAUAUCUCGGCGAAAAUAUCUCAACAAACCUUGGAAUAUAAGGAAAAGAUUGCAGCCGAAAGACGUACCAAUAGCCGCCAUCAACAACGAACCCCACAUCACUCCCCUUCCUCAUCCAUAGCAUCGUCCAAGACAAAAAGAGGCACUCCAACAAUCGCCCCGGAACCCCUGCGAAGACAAGCGGCUGCAAUUGAAACCCUAAGGCAGCCCACACGAAAACGAAAUUUCGGCGAUGGAACGGAAUUGGAAACUUUCGAUGACUUACCAACUAGCGCAAAGGCAGAAAACCGAUUUGUAGUGACGCCUGUUGGCCGAGGGGCGCCCAAAGCGACAAAGUCACAAAGCGUGCCAAUCACCCGUGCAUCCGGAAAAGAUGCAGGAAAAGAUGGGGAGAGCCCGGCAAAAAGGAUUGACCUAUCGAGGGAUCUCUCGAGCCGUUUUGCUGAGGUCCCAAGAUUUGCAAGGGAUACAAGUGCAUCACGAAACGCCAGAGAGCAAAGGAUGGGGAUUACAAAUACCGGCGCCGGCCACACGGGAACAAACCAAUGGAAGCAACAAGUGGCCGCUCGUGGAAAUGCAAGCCCGAAAAGCCGUCGAAAGCCGCAGCUGAAACCACAACUCAUCAAACCCAUGGGAAGUAUCAGCAACCCACCUAAAGCAGCCGCAGCGGUUAAUGGCAUGACAUAUAAUUCUAAGACCUUCAAAUGGGAGGGAAACGAAAACGAAGUCAAAGGAUUCGAAAUUGAAAAGAUCCCCACGCCCCCACGACCGGCCUUAAUCAGUAACGUCAACCACAGCGGCUCAAAACUAGGAAUUCAAGUGGUUGGAGGGAUGGUGUUUGAUCCUGCGAGUAUGUCUUGGCUCAAGGUGGAUGAAGACCCUGAUGAAGAGAACGACGAUCCUUUCGAAGGAUUUGAUGAUCUGAUGGACCACGACAUGACAAGUAACGGGUUCAGUGGUGAUGGAGGGGACUCUGCGAUUGGUCCGAUAUUUGGUGGAGGUAGUGCUGGAGGGGGUAGCAGAAGCGGAACGAGAUUGAGCGGCGGUUAUGGCGAAUUCGUUGUCGGGGAAGAGUUCGACGUUGGUCCAGAGUUCGUCCGAAGACAACGUGAAGAGGAGGAUAGAUGGCGCAAGAGGGUCGAUGGGUGGAUCUCAACUGGCGAAGCCACCAAGAUGGAAAACAAAUGGGCCAUCAGAGACCUGUUGGAGAGGUAG